UAACAUUAAGUUAUGACGACAAAUAUGAAAUAAGCCAUGUCAUUUAAUUUAUUUCUUCAAACGGCGCAAUCGCUGCUAUAUUUAUUACCCAAUUAUGUUGCAUUCAGUUUUCUCACGCUCGCAUCUGAAAUCAAAAUGGCGGUCCACGUGGUUGUCGCGCAGGUCCUGAUCCUGUAGUGGAUGCUCUGUGGAAACUGAAAGACAGAGGAGUUCGCUGAUAAUAUCGUUGGCACCACUAUUUACUAGCUGUACUUGGUGGUCAGACCAGUGUUUUAAUACGUCAUUUCAUAUCAUGGACGACACUGAAGGCAAGCACCCAUACGGAAGUCGGCUUCUGAAGGAUAUGGGAUGGAGUCGAGGGAAGGGCCUUGGCAAAAAUGAAGAUGGCAUGAAGGAGCCCUUGAAAGUGAAGAAAAAAUUCAACACAAAGGGCAUUGGCUUUAACGGGGUCGAUGACAAAUGGAUAGAACAUCAGGAGACAUACGAGGACAUCCUUUCUGAGUUAAACAGUGGCGCUGCACCUGAAGAAGGUAGCCCCAAGUUGACUUCAAUUGAACAACGUUCUCGAAGCCUUCGGGGACGUGUCCACUACUCUAAAUUCCUUCGUGGUAAAGACUUAAGCCAGAAAAAGGAAGAGGACCUGAAGGCCAUCGUCAUAAACCGUAAGAAAGGCAAAGCUUGUUCUGAUGACGAUGAAGGAAAUGACGUAGAACAUGAGCACUCCGACGACACCAUGCAUCCAUUGACAUACACAAGCAACAUCAGCUACCAAGAGUAUUUUGCUCAACGGAUGAAGCACAAGAAAGAAGCUGCCGCUUACACUCCAGGAAGCAGCGAAGUUGCAAAUGCUGAGCGUGUAGGUUUGGCACCUAAAGACAAGGGAGUCGAGGAGCGGCAUGAUCCUGGAAAGAAGCAAAAAGAAAGGAGGAAAGAAAGUAAGAAACAGUCAACAGAGAUUCCAAGUGAUGCGAGACUGCUACAGGAUGGGGAAGACAGCACUGAAACUGAAGAGGGAUCGAGCAAGAGGAAACACAGCAAGCGAUGCAAACAGCCUUACGAAGAAAGUGGGAUGCGUAAUGGUGAAGUAUGCGGAGUGGUAGACGUGGAGGGCAUAGGAGCAGGCGGUAACAUUCUAAAAGCUGAACAUAAGGCAAAGAAAGCGAAAAAAAAAGGUAAUGGCUCCGGGAGCGGUGGCAGCAAAAGUCCAGAAGAGACUGAGGAGUCCGACAAAGGUACGGCUUCAACAAAAAAGAAAAAGAAGGCCCAAAAUGGGGACAGCUCCAGUACUGCGGAGGAUGGAAUGGUGUUGCAAGCAGAAGAUGACAAGCAGGAGGAAGUCGAAAGUCUGGAUAGGAAGCGGAAGAAACGCAAGAGUGGAUGUGCAGGCAACGAGGGGUCUGCAGGUGAGGGCAGUGAGGAUCCCGCAACGACAGUCGACAGGGUGGCGGAUGCUGAAAAUGCUGUUGAAGAUGCUGUUUCAGCGAAAAAGAAAAAAAAGUCUAAUGGAGUCAGCUUAGCUACUGCGGAGAACGGAGUGGUGUUGCGAAGAGAAGACGACAAGCAGGAGGAAGUCAAAAGUCCAGAUAAGAAGCACAGGAGUGUCUGUGCAUACAGCGAAGGGUCAGCAGAUGAAGGUGGCAAAAAUCCCGCGACAACAGCUGACGGGGUAACAGAAGCGAAGGAGGUUCCAGCUAAAAAGAAAAAAAAGUCCAAAAAGGGGGUCAGCUUAAGUUCUGUGGAGAACGGAAUGGCGUCGCAAGCAGAAGAUGACAAGCAGGAGGAAGUUGAAAGUCUAGAUAAGAAGAGGAAGAAACGCAAGAGUGGACGGGCAAGCGACGAGGGGUCAGCAGGCGAAGCUGUCGAAAAUCCUGCGAUGACAGUCGACGAGGUAGCCGAAGCCAAGGAGGUUUCAACGGAAAUUAAAAGCAAAUCCCAAAAAGUGAUCAGGCCAGACAGUACAGAGGAUGGACUAGUUUUACAAGCUGAAGGUACCGUGCAGGACAAAGACAAAAAGUCGGAUAAGAAAUCAAAGAAGCACAAAAGGUCAAAAUCACAAGAAGGAGCCAGGUCUGAUACCGAGAAUGAAACGGUACUGACAGCUGAACAUAAUGUACUAAAGGGAAAUGAAAGCCCAGUUAAAAAAAGAAAGCUUCGGGGUGAGGACGUGGGCGGAUGCCAAGAGGAAGUUGAGCAAAAGAAUCAAACGAAAGCUCCCACUGUUGGGGAUGACAUGCGUACACAAGACAAGAUCACCACAGAUUCGACAGAGAAGGAAAAACUGAAGAAUGCAGACACUCUUUCUGUAGAAAGACCCAUCAAGGAAGAAGCAGGAUCGAGUGACCGUCCUCCAGACAAAGUGCCGUCUGAGGACACUAAGAAAGGAUUGAUGAACAACACAUCAUUUAAAGAGGACUCUGGGGCAGCAAGCUGUGUUGAGAAGGUUGCCGAGACCUCCGCAUCCAAAAAAAAGAAGUGUAAGGUAUCUCAUGCCAAGGAAAAUGUUGAGACAUCAAAAGACGUCGAAGGUUCAGAUAAAAAGGAAAAACGCAAAUGGAAGACGGAAAUAGAAACGGAAGUCCCCGUCCAACGAGGAAAUGAUACCGCAGCUGAUCCGCAGGUGAACAGUGCCACAGUCGAAGUAUCGCAAAACGUGUGUCCAACGGGGAAGGCUGAAGAAUACUCUUCUUCGACGGACGAGAAACACCGGGUGCUAGAUGGCGAGGGUACUUCAAAAUCGGACAGGGACAGUGUCACGUGCGAAGAUGCUUCUCCUCGAAAAAAGAAAGUUAAAGUUGGGGUGAGCGCUAAGAGAAAGAUCCUGAAGAGCAAGACGUCCAAACAAGACAACCCCGCGACACUUGAGGCAAUAAAGAAACUGCAGCGACUACAAGUUGAGCUACAGAACGUACUUCAGCAGUUGACAGGCGGCACGGAAAACGAGGGAAAGCGCGUGCCGGGUGCAGUCAAGACGCAGAAGGAAGGAACAAAGAAAAAGAAGGUUGCAGGCACGACGACCGUUGCAAAGAAGGUAGCCACAAAGGUCGAGGCAGAAGCUGAGGCAAAACACGAGACGUGCAGAAAGAGGAAGCUCGCUCCAGAUGCAGACGGAACCAAGCGAAAAGUGGCAAAGAGAAAGAAUGUGGCAGAAAGCGAAACUGUUGUAAAGCGAGCAAGGACCAAAGCAAAGAAUGAAACAACAUCGAGCGAGAGCAAAGUUGAAGGUGAGCGACAAGAUGCCGAAGCAGAGAGGCAGACGCACACUGGUGAAAACUGCAGCGAUAACAACACUCCAGUGUCGGAGUGUGAGGAUCUCCACUAUGCGAGACAAAUAGUGUACAGCAACAACGUUAAACAGGAGAGGUUCAAACUGCGUCCAGGGAGGUACUUGUACUAUCUUACGAGGGAUCUUAGAACCGUAUACCGUAAUACAAACCUGAAGGACAUUCCUGGAUAUGCGUCACAAGAGUGGAUGAAACAGUGUACCAUGCUCUUCGCACGUUCCCUACAUGGGAUGGCCACGGAAGGGAAGAGCCAGCCUGAUGUGUAGUGUUUGUGUGCAGACUGAGAAGCUCGUUGUCUAAGUUACAUCGAGCUGUUUAAAUUUUUUUACCGAGCGAGGAGCCAAUACGAUGGAGAGAGGUUCUGUUCCCGAGAUGCAACUGUAUGGGUACUGUGUGGCACGAAGUAUGCGAGUAGCAAAAAGCUAUUUAAUUUUUGUACAUACGAGGACUGAUCACAAAGACGACGGGUUUAUGUGAAGGAAGUGAAAUACUUGUAGGUUUGGAACUUGGGUCACUAUCGAGGUAGUCCGCCUUUAGAAGCCACACACUAAGCCCAUUGCAGUUUCCACUAUCCCGAACAUUUUUGCAUAUUUUCAUUGGAAGCAGCUAAGGGUGGUCCCUUCACGUUGAUUUGAAUCUCCUGAACAUCCUGAAAUACUUUUCUGUCAGCUGGAUGUUUGGGAAAUUCAAAUGAAUGCGAUGAGGCAGCUCUUUGCUGUUUCUAAAGAAGACUUAGAAAAAUCUUUUGUACAGUGGAAAGAGCACUCGGAUAAGUGUGUAAAAUAUCCAAUGGAGGCCAUCUCAGUGGUGACAAAAAUUUAGGUUUCUUUUAUUGCGACUGCAAAUGUGUGCCACGAAGAUUGCUUAUUGCCAAGUCUAUCCGUUGCCCUAGUCCAUGAAAUGCCGCACCGGGGGUAGUGGCCGAUAUUUCUGUGGCGUCUGAUUGAGCGAACUUUGGGGUCUGCACGAAAGUGAAUUUGAAAUACUUUUGUUCAGUACGUUUGCCACCUAAGGACUGAAUGUGUGACAGAUAUUUGCUGAUCUAUUAUUUGGCCUGCAGUUAAUAGGAAAAUGUGACUCAGUUUUCUGAAAUUUUUAGCAGCCUUUAGUUCUCAAGAGUUGAUUUCAUCCAAAUUGUACUUUGUUAACGUGGCAUUGCACUUAAUAAGUGUGUAAUAUACUGCUAAGGACGGCUCCUUCGAGUACCUAAAAGACUGGUAGCAAAGCUGUUACGAGCUUUUGGAGCUCUUUUGCAAGGGGGGAGGCAUGCCCUGCUAAAUUCAUACUGUGAUCAUACUGCCGUAAUGAGAGUACGUCGUGCCAUCUUGGGAUUGGAACCAAAACAUUUUAUUAAACUUUUACAGGCAUUCAAUUCCAUAUGCAUUUGAGAUUGCCUGCACAUUCAUAUUCCAUUACAAACAUGUUGUGCCAAGGUUGAGGGUAUCAGUUAAGAAAUUGUGCUGUAGUCAUAUCAUGCAGACCUUAACAGAAGCAGUCUCAAGUGAUGAAAUUAUCAUUGCAGCUCUAAGUUGCCUCAGUAAACUGAGUGUCAUGAAUAAAGAACACAGUUGUCUGUUGG